GCACCUGGCCUUGCGGUAUUCUCGUUCUUUCCUGGAUAGAGUCAGCCGCUGUUAUCCACAGCUGCGCUGAUCAUGGCUCACAUCCCGGAGCACGACCAUUGCAUGCAAAAUGGGGAGGAUGUGUUCAAACAGGGUGAGUUUGCCACGGACUUUGUUUCACGUCGAAAUUUGCAACCUUCUAACGAAGCUCUGGAGGUUGCGUCUUCUGUUGGACUUGUGCCGGAUGGAGAAUCUGAUGAUCAACAGGAUGGCCAACAGUUUGUCCCUGUAAACUUUUCGCACGACAGAUGUGACGAUGGUGUUGAACCUUGUGGCUACUUCGUGCAGAAACUACAUGAAUGUGUGCAACCUGAAUUUGGAACAGCUUGCUCUUCAGACCAUGGUGGUUGCAUGUCUGAUCCUGGCUCGUCGUGUCAGAUGCAUGAUACAUUGGACAGUGGGCGGCCUGAUCCUGGAGCAAGGGCCUCAGUGGAGAAGGCCGACACGUCUGUGGCUUGUUCCAGCAAUGUGCCUUUUGUCGCAUCCAGACAUGAGAGUUCAGAUCGUCAACUUGCAGUCAUGGUUGCAGCACGGCGUUUGGGAGCAAAGAAGUCGAAGAUUUCAAUGCCAUGGGAUGCACCCUUCAUGAAGAUGCCCUGGGAAGUGAAACCUCUUUGCACUGUUUUUGAGAAUAGCAAGAGCUUCCCACCGGUUCCUGUGGAAGCUAUACAUGUUGCUGCAAGUUCACAGGCCGAGGUUCCUGGAAUGCGAGAGGUUUCAAGGAGCGGUGUGAAGUGGGCGGCUGUCAAACGAAGAGUCGUUGACAGUUGGCCAAUCGCGCUCGGCAAGGAGAUGCACCAGUCCCUUGAAUUGUGGAGGGUGAUUGCAUUCAGUGGCAUGCAUGGGACAAGACUUGGACGCAUUUUGUGCCAACUGUCAGGUGCAGAUGAUGCAGAUGCAAAGAUUGCCCAAACUCUGAAGGACACGUUUUGCAGUAAGGCCCCCUCGACUUUGAGGUCGAGGGCGUUCUCGCUGAUCUCCUUUUCGAAAUGGAAAGCCUCGAGGUUUGGGCCAGACAGUGCACAUAUUUUCCCGAUUCAAGAGCAGGAAGUCUAUGACUACAUUUGCGAUUUGCGAACAGAAGCGGCCCCUGUUACGAGGGCACGGCGUCUUUUUGAAGCUGUGGCCUUUGCGAAGGGUCUCCUGGGCGCAGAUGUGGAUGACGUCCUGAAGUCACCGCGCAUUCAAGGUGCGGUGAAAUCCUUCACUCGGGGACUGGUGCCGAGAAAGAAACUUCCUUUGCCUGUGCAUGUGGUGGCCGCAAUGGAAGGUCUGGUGGUGCACAGUGACCCCCAGACCGCCAUCCUUGUGGGUUAUUUUUUGCUCUUGGUAUAUGCGAGAUUGAGGUUCUCGGACGCUCAAUUCCUAGUACAGGAACCCAAGAUUGACGGGAGCGACAGUCAUGGGUUUUUGGAAAUGCAGCUGUACCACCACAAAACCAUUGGCCGGAGCAAAGCCACAAUCAACAGGCUCCUGCCAGCUGCUGCAGCUCUGCCGGGCGUGGGAGGUCAUCCAUGGGCAUCGAAGUGGCUAGAGAUUAGGGAACAAUUUGGUCUUGCGGCUGGUCGAGGGCAUCCCACUCUACCAGUCAUUGUCUCUGGACCAGCUUGGGGUUCGCUGCCUAUGACACCGACCGAAGGGGUCGACAAGCUCAGGCAAAUUCUCAGGAUGGUUGAUGGGACACUAGAUGUUUCUCAGUUUGGCACGCACAGUUGCAAGGCGACAGUGCUUUCGUGGCUUGCCAAAUCUGGUGCUAGCCAGCAAAUUCAGCGGCGAGCUGGGUACCAUGCGAAGGCAUCCGAGCUCAACCCGAUGGAAUAUUCUCAGGAUGCUCAGAGUGAGGUUCUAAAUCGCAUUUCCAGCAUUUGUAUUGCAGUCAGACUCGGAAGAUUUCAGCCUGACAGCACCAGAUCUCAGAGGUGGAUCGGUUGCCAGAACCUUGAAGAAGCAGUGGCAAUGGAUGCCUCUUUUGGAUCAUCAGUUGGGACCGAAGGAGCGCCGUCUGGCGAAGAUGAGUGCAGGUUCGUGGAGCCUACACCUUUCGACGCUGCCAGCCAAGAUGCGGAAGAUUUGGAUUCGCAGCACGGCAGUGGCUCCGGACAUGAUUCCACGUCUAGCACCAGUAGCAGCGUUGAUGGCAGUGAAUCGGAGAGUGAGGAUGAGAAGAGACAGGCCGCAGAGCACGUGCAGGAGAUGGCCAAGGGCGUCAAUGAGCACCUGACCACCGAUUUUGACCUCUUCAAUCAUGUGAAGAGGAGAACCCUGCACAGAUCUGCCCGCACGAAUGUCGAUCCUCAGGGACGUUCGUUUGUGGCCGCCUUGUCACCCGAAUGUUUGAGCAGGUCUCAAUGAGUGAGCUUCCUGCCUUUAAUCCAGACAAAUGCAAACAGUGUUUUUCGAAAGGGUCAAUUCUUUCUUGAGCCUGAAAUCGGUGC